UAACAAUCGCAGUUCCAUCAUUUUUGUCACAGAAGCUCUUCCACAAUGUUCUCGGACUCAUCUCCACCAAUGGAUCCGGAUUCACCCCAACCCGAAUCCAAUCCCUCCUCCGCUGAUCUCACUCCCGCCACCGUACAACCCAUCGAACCAACGGCAUUCGAAUCAUCCGCAUCCCCAGAUUUCACACCCCUCUCCGAUCAACGAUUCAAUUCCCUCGACGAACUCACUCACGAUCUCGGCUCCCUCCACGAGCUCUCCACCCGCGGCUCCUGGGAAGCGAUCCUCGACAAAAUCUCACAAGCCAGAGCCCUCUUCCUCCUCACCAAGCCUCACGAGCAUCUCACCUACCUAACCUACCAAGUCAUGGCUCUUACAAAGCUACGCCGCUCCGACGAAGCUUCCCACGAGCUUAACUCGUUGCACGACUUCGACGGGACGCAUUACAGGUACGAAUCGUACCCUGAGAUCUAUCCGAAUCGGAAGGGUUCCAUGGUGCCUUUCUCUCUCCGCUGGUUGUACGCUUUGAUUCCGACUAAGUUAGGGAAUCGUCAAGAAGGUUUAGAUCGGUUAUACACAUUGCUUGAUUUCGUUCGCGAUAGGAUUAGAGAGAAAGAAUCUCAGAAGUUAGAUUGUUCUGUUGAGUUGUGGAAGAAGAGGGAGAGGUUUGUGAUGAGUUGUUUGUUAGGGUUUCACUUAGGUCACAAGGAGUUUGGUGUGUCCUUGGACUUGAUCAAGGAAUUGAUUAAACGUGAUCCGUUAGAUCCUGUUUUGGUAUCGAAGCUAGGGUAUGUUCAGAUGCAGUUUGGUGACAUAGAAGGGGCAAAAGCGACUUUUAACCGAGUCGAGGAGAUGUUGAAUGAAGGGAAGAACGAUGAAACUCAGUUCAAGAAUCUUGUGGGGAGGAAUAAGGCUUUGGUUCACGUUGUGGCAAAGGACUAUGCUGCUGCUGUGAGAGAGUAUGAAGAGUGUAUUGAGAGAGAUAACUCGGAUGUUAUCGCGGUUAACAAUAAGGCUCUUUGUUUGAUGUACUUGAGAGAUUUGUCUGAUGCGAUCAAGGUGAUGGAGAGUGCGUUGGAGAGGGUACCAACCGCGGCUUUGAAUGAGAGCUUGGUUGUGAACUUGUGUAGUAUGUAUGAGUUAGCUUAUGUUAACCAUACUGAUGCCAAGCGGACGUUGAAUACUUGGAUUACACGUGUUGCUCCCGAUGACUUUGAUUCGUCUUGUACCAGGAUUUAGUUGAGAAUUGCAGGUUUUCAGCUGAGCAAAAGGUGAUUAGCCAAAGAGACUCUCAAUAUACGAUGACGAAACUAAUCAAGGAUCUUGAUCUUGCUGGGUUUGCCUCAGCUUGAGUCUCUGUUGAUGCGUGUACUGGCUGCAUAUUUGCUGUUAUUCUCUAUUGUAAGUUAGCACUUGGUUUACUUUCUUGUAUGCUUCGCCAUAUCCAUCUUGUUAUAAAGAUUUUUGAUACACUAAGCACUUAUGAAGAGAGUUUGUCAUUUCAACACUAAUGGAGAAUUUAAAGCAAGAGAG